UGGUGCUGAAGUCAUCGCUCAGGCCCUGAAAACACAAAAGGUGGAGUACGUGUUUGGCAUCGUGGGCAUCCCGGUGACCGAAAUCGCCGUCGCCGCCCAGGGGGUGGGCAUUAGGUACAUCGGGAUGAGGAAUGAGCAAGCGGAGGCCUAUAAGGUGAAGGAUGUCACAAAUGGUAAAGACAUGGUUGGAACUCGGACAGCCCAAAGCCCAAGCCAGUGCUCUUUCCACCACAUCACACUGUCGUGUUUCUUAGAGGCUUAUUUGGAAGCAUGGAAAAGGAAGAUCUGAUCUUUUGUCAACCCAGCCUCAUCCUUCUCGCAGCAGCACUAGCUUAAAAAAUCAAGAAUCCCCUUCUGCGAUGUCAUAUCCUGCCAGCCCAUCUAAAGCUAACUAUUCUUGCUUUCUCCUCCUGUUGUUUUUGCACUCUAAUUCAGGUCCUUGCUGCCUCUUGCCCAGAGAACUGCCUUGACCUCCUGACUGGUGCUUUCUUCUGCCCAUAGAUGUGAACACCUGGAGAACAGGAGUUGUGGUUAAUUUCUUAUUAUAUCCCCCAGUGUGUCUGGUUUGGUUGGAGUUCUUAAAUAAUGUAGAUGCUUAAUACAUUUUUUAAUUUAUUGACCGUCGCACUCUUCUGGCUCCUGCUCCUGCCUGUCUGCUCUCCCAGGUGGAAGUGCACUUGCCUCAGAGAAGGGGCUAAAGCACAGCUUGGAGUAUGAUAUCUGAGCAGGAGGACAGAGAGCCAUUUAGGCCACUUAUCCAAUGGGAAAACUGGCCUGGAGGGGUGAGGGACUGCUAGGGUCAGAGCAAGUUGGUGGGAGAGCUGGGAGUAGAGCCCAGGCUUCCUGGCUCCAGUCUGGUCCUCGUUCCCGAGGGGCCUUUCAGUCUGACCAUAGCCCUGGGCAAGAAAUGCCCUGGAGAGCAAACAAGCCCCAGUGUCUGCCCCUGCCCAGUGCUGUCACUUUCCAUUCCCCAGGAUCAUUUUCUCCCUCCCCGCCACCCCCCUGAGUUGAACAGGGUUUGGGUUAGGGGUGCACCCUUUUGGGCCAAUGCUGUGCCUGACCUGACCUUCCCCCUUUCUCCCCCUGCAUACUGUCCGCCCCCUCACCCAGGUCCAGUGCUGAGGAUACAGCUCUUCUCAGUGUCUGAACAAUCUCCAAAAUUGAAAUGUGUAUUUUUGCUAGGGUCCCCAGCUUCCUGUAUUUUUCCUAUAAAUAGUGUAUGCAGACUGACAGAACUUCAAAUAAAUGGGAAUUAAAUAUAUAUUUUUUAAAGUGAGAGAAGUGUGUUUUUUAUUUUAAAAAAAUUCAAGGUGAGAGAAGUGUAUCUUUUAUCUACAAGGUGAGAGAAGUGUAUUUUUUUAUCUUAAAAGUAACAGGUCUUGAAUGUGUGGUGCUUCUACCUUUUAAUUUUAUUACAUGGAACAACUUUCUAUUCUUUCAUCUACAUGAGAAGAUGAAGCUAUUGAUCUAUUAAUGGGACCUAUAAUUUACUGUUUUUCUAGAGGUGGGAUGUCUGCCACUGAUUUCUUCAUACAGCAAACACUUAUUGAGCUUGUUAUGCUGCCUCUGCAAUUGGAUAUCUGACAGGCAGGCCAGGAGUUUGCCUUGUAGUUUCUGGUCCGGGUCUCAUUCACGCCUUGGGUGGUAUGGCAAAUGCAAACAUGAACUGUUGGCCCUUGAUUGUGAUUGGUGGUUCCUCUGAAAGAAGUCAGGAAACAAUGGGAGCAUUUCAGGAGUUUCCUCAGGUAGAAGCUUGUAGAUUAUAUAGCAAGUUCUCUGCCCGUCCAAGCAGCAUAGAAGCUAUUCCUUCUAUUAUUGAAAAGGCAGUGAGAAGCAGUAUUUAUGGUCGUCCAGGUGCUUGCUAUAUAGACAUACCUGCAGAUUUUGUGAACCUCCAGGUGAAUGUGAAUUCUGUAAAGUACACAGAGUGCUGCCUGCCUCCUCCUGUUUGCAUGGCAGAAACUUCUGCUGUUGGUAUGGCAGCAUCUGUUAUUAGGAAUGCCAAACAGCCCCUUCUUAUCAUUGGAAAAGGUGCUGCUUAUGCUCACGCAGAGGAAAGUAUCAGGAAAUUGGUGGAGCAAUGUAAAUUGCCCUUUUUGCCCACCCCCAUGGGAAAGGGUGUUGUCCCUGACAACCACCCAAACUGUGUAGGUGCAGCCAGAUCCAGGGCUUUGCAAUUUGCUGAUGUAAUUGUGUUGUUUGGUGCCAGAUUAAAUUGGAUUUUGCAUUUUGGACUGCCUCCAAGGUAUCAACCAGAUGUGAAGUUUAUCCAGGUUGAUAUUUGUGCAGAAGAAUUGGGGAAUAAUGUGAGGCCUGCUGUGACUUUGCUAGGAGACAUAAAUGCUGUCACUGAACAGCUUUUAGAACAAUUUGAUAAAACACCAUGGCAGUAUUCUCCAGAGAGUGAGUGGUGGAAAACUCUGAAGGAAAAAAUGGAGAGCAAUGAAGCUUUAUCCAAGGAAUUAGCUUCCCAAAAAUCCCUGCCUAUGAAUUAUUACACAGUGUUCUACCAUGUUCAAGAACAACUACCCAGAGACUGUUUUGUGGUAAGCGAAGGAGCAAAUACUAUGGACAUUGGACGCACUGUGCUUCAAAACUACCUUCCUCGUCACAGGCUUGAUGCUGGUACUUUUGGAACGAUGGGAGUUGGUCUGGGAUUUGCCAUUGCAGCUGCUGUAGUGGCCAAAGAUAGAAACCCAGGGCAACGGGUCAUCUGUGUGGAAGGAGACAGUGCAUUUGGGUUUUCUGGCAUGGAAGUGGAAACCAUCUGCAGGUAUAACUUGCCAAUCAUACUCUUGGUGGUGAAUAAUAAUGGAAUUUACCAAGGUUUUGAUACAAACACUUGGAAGGAAAUGUUAAAAUUUGGAGAUGUUACUGCAGUGGUCCCUCCAAUGUGUCUUCUGCCAAACUCCCAUUAUGAGCACAUCAUGACGGCUUUUGGAGGCAAAGGAUAUUUUGUACAAACACCAGAAGAACUCCAAAAAUCUCUGAGGCAAUGUCUGGCAGACACAACUAAACCCUCUCUUAUAAACAUCAUGAUUGAACCACAGGCCACGCGGAAGGCCCAGGAUUUUCACUGGCUGACUCGCUCUAAUAUGUGAAUAAAGACACCAAUGGGUGGUCUUGAGGAGUCUUCUCUUUCCUGCAAGAUGGAAUUUUAUUUUUCAUAACAAAAUUAUUAUCCUGUUAAAAUUGUGCAAAGAGAAAUAAGACAUUUCUAAAAUGACAUUUUAUGGUAAAGGAAUUGAUUUAAAAAAUAAAAAAUUACCAGUAUUCUA